AUGAGCAGCACUCAGAAUAAGGAUUACGACCCUUCCGUCUUUAGCCAAGACACCAUCGUCGGCUCCGACACCGCUUCCAUCCGCCCUCUUAUCCGCGACGCCGAUGACGCCGGCGCUGGCUCCGCUCCUCUCCGCGGCACUGAUCGCCAGCCUGUCGCGACCGACAACUACCACAUCGUCUCAACGCGGGUAGUCAAGGAAAUCCCCAAGUCCGCCACCAAACCACCCGCAGACCCAAACUCGGCCUUCAGCAAACUCAAGAACAUGCUGAAGCCGCCCGUCGUGAAGGCGGUCGAGGCGCUGCCUAGCACUGAGGGCAAGACGUAUCAUAUCGAUGAGCAGGGGCGCAUCAUCGAGACCACGGUUAGAAGAGCAGCUGUGCAGAAGGGCAUUCUGUCUGCUGGAACUGGCGGCGGAGGCAGUUAA